AUGGGAGACCUUUUGCCGGCAGCAAAAAAGGUUGCCGAAGAGUUUGCAACUUCUGACGAUGAUGUCGAACAAUACGUGUACGAAGAACCUCCUGCGUACCGGAAAUUCAUCUACGACGUUUUUCUUUGGCUCUUGAGCAACAUCUUCGACUGUUUUUUCCGUGAAGUUCGCAGCAGAGGGCGUUACAAAGUGCCAACACAGGGACCGGUGAUAUUCGUAGCUGCACCACAUGCGAAUCAAUUCAUCGACCCGGUUUUAUUGAUGGGUCAAGUCAAAAAAGCAGUCAACAAACGUGUGUCGUUUUUGGUGGCAGAAAACUCGCUCAAGAGAAAAGCCAUAGGCACUUUUGCUCGCUGUGCUAUGUCGAUUGGCGUGGGAAGGGCUCAGGAUAAUUUGAAACCGGCUUCUGGUAAGAUCAGAGUUAGCGAAGAUAAUCCUCGGAAAAUCAUUGGAAGCGGUACGAAGUUCACUGAGAAUUUUGAAGCCCAAGGAUUGAUUGGUCUCCCCAAAUCUUUGGGUAAUGUUGUCAUUGAAUUUAUUGAAAGCGACACAGUAUUGUACGUUCGGAAAGAAUUCAAACAGACCAGACCGGAGGUUAGACAACUGUUGGAAAAAGGUACCUCCUAUAAGUAUGCUCCACGCGUGAACCAAAAAAAGGUUUAUCAUCGCGUUUUUGAGCAUUUGGCGCACGACCAGUGUGUGGGAAUUUUUCCAGAAGGUGGCUCUCAUGACAGAACAGAUUUACUUCCAUUGAAAGCAGGUGUGGCGAUUAUGGCAUUAGGUUGCAUGGGAAAGCACCCUGAAACUAAUGUCCAAAUUGUACCCUGUGGCAUGAACUAUUUUCAUCCUCACAAAUUUAGAUCCAGAGCUGUGAUUGAGUUUGGUAAUCCUAUCACCAUUUCUCCUGAGCUUGUUCAAAAAUAUCAGAAUCCUGAUACAAACCGAGAUGCCGUUAAAGAAUUGCUUGACCACAUCUCUGCUGGCCUAAAAGCAGUUACUGUUACUUGUCCGGACUACGAAACCCUGAUGGUCGUUCAGGCGGCUAGAAGAUUAUAUGCUGGUCAUCUCUCUGCUAAGCUUCCUCUUUCUCUUGUUAUAGAAAUGAACAGGCGAUUGGUCAAGGGCUACCAAAUGUAUCGAGAUGAUCCCAGAAUCAAACAGUUGAAAGAGAAUGUCCUGACUUAUAAUGCCAAUUUGAGUAACUUCAAUAUACCGGAUCAUCAAGUUGAAUCGGCCAAGAUCAAUUUUGCGAAGAACUUGAGUCUCCUCAUCAUUAGAUCUCUUCGUCUAUCGAUCUCCUUGAUUUUGGCUUUACCGGGUAUCAUCAUGUUUUCUCCAGUCUUUAUUGUGGCUAAGCUAAUUUCAAAGAAGAAAGCUUCGCAAGCGUUGGCGGCAUCCACGGUGAAGAUCAAGGCAAACGAUGUUAUUGCUACUUGGAAAAUUCUUAUAGGAAUGGGGUUUGCUCCGCUGUUGUACACGUUUUGGUCGAUUCUGUUAACAUACUAUUUCAGGAACUCGAUUACCAAGCACAAGUUUGCGAGUUUCGUCGGGAUAUAUGUGCUCUGUACAAUUGUCACUUAUUCGGCGCUAAUCAUAGGAGACAAUGGUAUGGAUGUGUUCAAGUCUCUAAGGCCAUUAUAUUUGUCAAUCACAACCCCUGGAAUUCUCAAAAACCUUCAAACCGAAAGAAAGGUUUUGGAAGAGAAAAUUACGAACAUCGUAAAUACAUUGGGACCAGAGCUGUAUCCCGGAUUCGACGGCGUUAGUCUCUAUGACAAAUACAGAUUUGGCCAACUCAAUACUGAUGAAGAUGAGGAUCGUGUCACAACGGAGCUGAGAAGAAGAAGAGAGCUCAGAAAGCGCAAAGAAAAGGGCAAGCAGACUUCUAGGCAGAGUUCUGAAUCUGAAGCAGAAAGUGAUGCGCUGUCAAUGAUCAAUAGCGACAAUUCGUUGUCAAAUAUUCCGCUUUUUUCUAAUAAUGGCAACAGAUCUGGAUCUGUGUCUUCUCUGACAUCAAUGAGUUCUGGAUUUGAGAUCAUCGACGAUGCAACCAAAGUUGACGAUCUAAGUAGUAAGAUUGCUCAUGCCGUGCGUGAGAAGAGAGAGUAG